UAUGAUUUUUAGGUUAUGUUUACGUUACUUUGCAAAUUAUUUCGCUGAAAAAUGUUGUUUAUGAACGUUUGGAGGAACCUUCAAAAAACAAAUGCAGCGAAAAGCUAUUCGACGAUGCAGGAGAAACAAGUAAAAAUUCAUGGGAAAACCAUAAAUUAUAUUAAAAGUGGUUCGGGUGAUAAAACUCUGCUAUGCUUUCCUGGGGCUUUAGGAACGAUUUGGAGCGAUUUCAAGCCGCAAAUUGAAGGCUUAGAUAAGGAAAAAUUCACUGUAAUUGCCUGGGAUCCCCCUGGAUAUGGAGGUAGCCGCCCUCCCAAUAGAAAUUUUACGAGUAGUUUUUAUAGGGAUGAUGCCGAUAUGGCUUAUAAGUUUUUAAAGGCUAUAAACGUUAAUAAAGCUAGUUUAUUAGGCUGGAGUGAUGGAGGUAUAUCGAGCAUGAUUCUAUCAGCAAAAUAUCCAGAUAUUGUGGAUAAAUUAAUCAUUUGGGGGUCGAAUUCAUACAUUUUGCCAGAGGAGAUUAAAAUUUACGAAAAAAUGCGAGAUUUGACUAAGUGGUCAGAUAAGAUGAAAAAUCCAUUGAUAAAAUUGUACACUGAGAAAGGCCUUGAGGAUUUGUGGGGCGGUUGGUGUGGCGCCGUUCAUAAUAUUUUUGUAAACGGGGGAAAUAUUUGCAAGGAGGAUUUGGGAAAAAUUAAAUGCCCCACGUUAAUUUUGCAUGGGGAUAAAGACCCCAUGGUGCAUCCUGAACACCCUGAAUAUUUGUUUCAGAAUAUUAAAAUGGCCAAAUUGCAUAGAUUUCCUGAUGGAAAACAUAAUAUUCAUCUGAGAUAUGCUGAAGAAUUUAAUAAGAUAGUGACUGACUUUAUUUUAUUAGAAUAAACAAUA